CCCGCCCCUCACGCCCCGUCGCGGCUCGCGGAGGCCGCCCUGAGGCGGCGGCGCCGCCGAAGUCGGCAGGAGAAUCUUGCUCACAUAUCUACGAAGAUUUAACUCCAGGAUCCACACCCGGGAUCUGUUUUGUUUGUUUCACAAGGACGGCAUUGUUUCAGGUAGCUCAGGAUGGGAGAUCAGAGGCAACGUUCGUUAUCCACGUCCGGAGAAUCACUCUACCUUGUUCUAGGAUUGGACAAGAAUGCCACCUCAGAUGAUAUUAAGAAAUCAUACAGGAAACUUGCAUUAAAAUAUCACCCCGAUAAGAAUCCAGAUAAUCCAGAAGCCGCAGAUAAAUUUAAAGAGAUUAACAACGCACAUGCAAUAUUGACUGAUGCCACAAAAAGAAAUAUUUAUGAUAAGUAUGGCUCUUUGGGGCUGUACGUAGCAGAACAGUUUGGAGAAGAGAAUGUGAACACCUAUUUUGUGUUAUCCAGCUGGUGGGCCAAGGCGCUGUUUAUCUUCUGUGGGCUCAUAACCGGGUGCUACUGUCUCUGCUGCCUCUGCUGUUGCUGUAACUGUUGCUGUGGAAAGUGUAAACCGAAACCCCCCGAAGGAGAUGAACCAGAAUGUUAUGUCUCUCCAGAAGACUUGGAGGCCCAAGUACAAUCAGACGAGAGGGAGAACACCGAAGGCCCCAUCGUGAUCCAGCCAGCCUCGGCCACAGAGACGACUCAGCUCACGGCAGAUUCUCACCCCAGCUACCACACCGAUGGAUUUAACUAAGUUAAGGAAGCACCUAUUUAACCCGAACGGAUAAGAAUAAACACAUAAAUGGCCAAUCCAGCACUAGAAUCAUGGACAUUAGGAAUAGAUUAUGGGGAAGGGAAAGUGUUCGCCGAUGGUCAAUUGGGCAGCUUCAUAACCUGCUGGCAAAAUAUUUUGUAAUCCCCUUGUCAUCUUUUUUGUCACCUUCAGUGUCGUAUCUCAAUGAGACAUGGAAGUACUGUAGCAUGCCGAAUCUGAACCUGUUUAGCUUUAGUCUUCUUUCUUUCUCUUUCUCUCUCUCUCUCUCUCUUUUGUUGUUUUCCCGUUCUGUUUUUUAAAAGGAAGAAUAGCAUGUGUCAAGUUUACAUUAUAAACGUUUUUUGUGUUGUAAAUGUACUAAGGAGUUUAUCAUGACAAGUGUGACGGUUACAUUCUGCAUUUUAAGCAGUCAAACCGGGUGAGAAACGAGGAGGCAUUAUUUUUUCACAGAGAACUUUAAAAUUGAUCAAAUGGAGCCACAAAACUUCCAUACAGUUGAGCUACUGCCCUCCUGCUCCCCUGGAGAGCAACAGAGAUUUCCCCCUGCCCGUUGACACCUGACUUUUUGCCUCAAUAACUUUUAUUUUGAAAAAUGAUGAUGUUGCCAGGAAGGGAAGAGGGGUGGGGUAGAUUUUAAGGGAGGGGAGGGGGAUUCUGUUUUCUGGAAAUGUUGUUUCCGUUUUUUUUCUUUCAAAGCUGUCUGAUGCUUCACAGGCAUCUUGUUCAACCUUCUCUACGGUGUAGGAAGUUGUAUCUGGAGGGCAAUCAUCUCUGCAAAGUUUUCUUUGUAGUUUUCUUGUGUGGGAGGGGGCCAAAGUAGUGUGUGUUGUUUUUUUUAUUACAAAGCUAGAAAUGACUUGAAUCGUCUCUUUGACACUUAAAUUAAAGCGCACAUUAUUCUUGUUUAAAUUUAAAAUAAAAAAAGCAUUCCCCAAACUAUUUAUAGUUAAACCACUGGGGCUUUUUGGGUACAAAUGCAUGUUUUCACUGCCCAGUCAGAAUGAAGUGUUAGUGAUAUCCGAGAGCAACUUUUAGAUUUUUGAAAAUAUAUAUAUAUAUAUAUUGAUCUGAGAAUUGUUCUCAAAUUACUCUUUUUAAAAAUAAUAAUAAUAAUAAAUCUUAUCAAGUCCACUUUAUAAAUGAUGUGUUCUAGUGAUAUAUACUUAGAUUUAUUUUUAAUUUAUAUUUUAAAAUAAUCACUGCCACCCGGCUCACGGUUCCUUAAAUUGGUGCCAUCACCUAGCAGGUGUUGGGGUGCAGCCCUCAGUGUUCACCAGCCAGCAGGGUUGAAUUCCUGUUCUGGAACCGUAUGGCAGUGAUUGUCAAGCCUUGAUGACAUCAGUCUGUUGAUAAUAAUUUGAGCCCAUUGCUCACAACUGGGCUGAUACCAUCUUGGUUUCUGCUCUCUGCCACUGACUGAUAGGUGAUAUUGUGGCAGUCAUAGUAUCAUGAGGCUGAUGUCAAGGAUAUAAUUCAUGUCUUUUGCACCUCAACAUAAUGCAUGCAAUGCCACUCGGCUCCCCCCUCCUUUUCUCAAUGUUCAUGGCUGGGAAUUUUGGGAUUUGGAGUUCCAACACAUCUGGAAGCCACCAAGUUGAGGAAUAGGGAACUGGCAGGUCACAAUUUUGACAGUGAUUCCUAUUGUAAAAUUGGCUUCCAUUUUUUUCCAUUUCCAACCUUCUCUGCAAGGGCAAGAAUCAGAUUGAAACUGACUAGAACUGAGCAGGUGGGGAAUAAAUAGGACCUGAGGUGGCCGGACCAACCUUGAAUCCAUGCCUGAAUUUAUCUGGUUGGCUGGCUGACUGGUUUCUUUCUCUGCCUCAGUCCCACCUUUAUAAAAUGGGAGGGGUCCGUCUCAAAUGUCCAAAUUUCAUUGUGUGGUACUUUACAUAUUUGAAGCAGUGUAUGGUAGAGUUGUAUGAGUUGUAUGUCUAAAUGGUGAUUUUUUUUAAAAAGGAAACCCACUUGCUCAUCCAUGUAUCUGUGUAGAGCAGGAAUAUCCAACCUUGGUGACUUCAAGGUUGAGCUUGUGGGCUUCAACUCCCAGAAUUCCCCAGCCAGCAUGGCUGGCUGGGGAAUUCUGGAAGUUGAAGUCCACUGGUCUUAAAGUCACCAAGAUUGGACACCUUUUGUGUUCUGCAGAUGUUCUUCCGGACCGAAUCCCAAUUGGGCUCUUUCUAUUGAACAUUUUCUCUGUGAUGAGUGGGAGAAUCCACCACAAAUGGAAGUUGUGUGUUCAUCCAGGUAGCGGGCGUCUCAAAGUUUCCUCUAUUGUUCAGGGUUUUGCAGUAGAAUUCACUAGGUUUGUUAAUAAAGCCAUCAGUCCAAACCUCCUCUAUUUUGCGAGCUGCUUCCGCUUCAAUCACUUCCCCACCGUCUUUUUUUGUCUCACAAUCUCAUUCCUGCUUUGCAAUCUCUCUGGGAGUGGACGCCCACGAAAUCCUGUCACCAGCAACCGCCUUUGCAUAUCACGUGCGUGAGGUUGUCAUGGCCCGUUGUGACAUUGUCGUAACAUCUACCGGGCACCAGCGCCAGAAAGGACCGUACAAUUUCCGAGGGCAGGUUUGAAUGGUCCCUGGUGUGUAUAUUUAUGCAUGUGUUGAAUCAUCGCAAAGUGAAAACGUUCCCUCUAGGAAGCACUUCGGGGUUCUUCUUGCAGGUUUUCUAUUUUAAGGGGGUCACGGGUUGUUUUUGUUAAAAACAGGCAACAGCUUUAUCUCACAUAAUACUUGAAAUAGUUGGUCAAUCUAUCUGGUUGUUGUUUCACUCUCUGAGUAACUCAGUGGUAUCCCAACUUUGGCAACUUUAAGACCUGUGGACUUCAACUCCUAGAAUUCUGGGAGUUGAAUCCACAAGUCUUCAAGGUGCUACAGUUGGAGAUUCCUGGACUAAGGGGUAGUUGGCCAGUAUAUCUGUUUUACAGUGUUGGUUGGGUUCAGUAACGUUCCAAAAACAAGGCUCUGAAACAACAACAUUGGGUGCGCGCACAUCUCUCACUUAAUGCCGAUUUUUAGAUUUUACUGUGAUCUCUUCUUGAAAUCCAUGUAACCUGUCGAGGUA